CAAAAAGAAGAUGCCCCAGCACAACCCAAUGCCUCGAAGGUGACCUUUGCUGACGAGUCUGAGCAAGAGCCUCAUUGGUCAGCCGCUCCUCAACGUGCUGCUGCUCUCGCCGAGAUUAGCUCGAUCAACCGCGCCUUUUCCUCACUCAAGAACACCUUUACAUUCCCCUCUGGCCCUCUCGAACGUCUCGCCGGUAGUGAUCUCCCUCGUCUCGCCUACAACUCUACCAACGCCUCCAUCCACGCUUACGAGCACGCCCUCUCUGAGCUCUUGAGUAAGCUUGAUGGUAUCGAGAGCCACGGCUUCAAGGGUGUUCGUGAGGCUCGUAAACAGUUGGUCGUCAAGAUUGAAAGGGAGCUCGAAGAUUUGGAGAAGCAGAUUGCUGAACGUCUUGCUGGAUCUGCAUCCCCCGCUGUUGCUGCUACCUCUAUCCCUAUCGAGUCUGCUUCCCCGAUCACCACUACUAUCGAGGUCUCUGCUCCUGUUGUCGACACUGAAAUGAAGGACGACACUGCUUCGAAGGCCCCAGCUACUGAGGGCUACGAUGUCGAGUUUGAAGAACCUGUCGUCUCUGUAUCGGAACCAACUCCUGCCGUUGAAGUCACCGUCGAGACUCCUGUUGAACAACCGGUCACUGAAUCGAACGAGACUGCUAUGGACGUCAAACCUACUCCUGAAGCCCCUGUAGAGACCAAGGAAGUUGAACCCACUCCCAUCCCCACACCUUCUGUCUUUGCCGAGGACGCGACUAAGGAGACACAAGUUGCGACCCAAGAACCAGUUGAACAAGUUGCCUCUGUCCCCGCUCCCGCUCCGGUCUCUGAACCCACAGCAGAGGUCUUAUCUGAUGAAGACUCCGAAAUUGAAGACGCC